AUGUUAGUUGUGGGCUUGUCAUAUGUGGCCUUUAUUAUAUUGAGGGCCAUAUACAAGAAACCCACAGCAAACAUCAUUCUUCUUGAUAAAAAGCUGAAACCAUAUAUUUGUGUUACUCUGUUUGACUUACUUCACUCAAGGUUGUUAUCUCAUAUAGUUUCCACAUUCAGAUUUGAUAUAAAAGAAGUUGAUCUUUUUAAUCAAGUUCUUGGGUAUGCACCCACAGACUACUAUCCUGGUUUACUUAAAAAUAUGGUUUUAUCAUUAGUGUCUGAACUCCGGGAGAAUCAUCUUAAUGGAUUUAACAGUCAAAGACGGAUGUCUCCUGAACGAGUAAGGUCCCUGUCGCGAAUCUGUGUCCCACUUGUUACUUUGCCAGAUUUUGAACCACUGGUAGAGGCUCUGCUCACCUACCAUGGACAUGAACCUCAGGAAGUUCUCUGGCCUGAGUUCUUUGAUGCUGUGAAUGAGGCUUUUUUGCUGGAUGAGCAUGGGCUGGCUGUCUGGCCAGAGAAGAAACAAGCAGUGCAGUCCUGGGUAGCUGUAGAAGAGCCUGAAGCUGCUGCCUGCCACCCCGCCAUAUUCAGAGUUGUUGAUGAAAUAUUCAGGUCCGCACUCCUGGAAACCGAUGGAGCCGCAGAAGUACUAGCCUGCAUUCAGGUGUUUACACGAUGCUUUGUAGAAGCUCUGGAAAAAGAAAACAAGCAGUUGAAGUUUGCACUCAAGACCUACUUUCCUUAUGCUUCUCCAUCGCUUGUCAUGGUGCUCCUCCAACACCCGAGGAGGAGUGUUCAGAAAGAUAUUCCGCAGAGACUGUGGCACCAGUCACUGAAACAUAUCUCUGAAAUGCUCAAAGAAAUAGUUGAAGACCACGGGUCCUAUGGAGGCCCCUUUGAGAGCUGGUUUUUGUUUGUUCACUUUGGAGGAUGGACUGAUACGGCUGAGCAGUUACUGAUGUCGGAAGCUGAGGCUGAACCCCCAGAGGCCCUGCUGUGGCUCCUGGCUUUCAGCUGCAGCCCAGGCGCCGGGCAUCAGCAGAGAGUGCAGACCAUGGUGGAGGUGAAGACAGUGCUUGGCCGCCUCUCGAAGCUCUUCAGGAGUCCAGCCCUCUCGGCCAGGGAUUUGCAGGCAGCAGCUGGAGAGAACCGAGGUGGAGACCCCAGACCGCCUGCUUGUCAGCAGCUGGUCAGACGCCUCCUCCUGCACUUCCUGCUCUGGGCUCCUGGAGGACACGCGAUUGCCCGGGAAGUCAUCACCCUCAUGGCUCAGACGGAUGCGAUAAUGAAAGAGAUUAUUGGCUUCCUGGACUGUACUUUGUACAGAUGGGACCAUCUUUGCGUGGAAGCCCAUAGGUCGAGAAAACUGGCCAGAGAGCUCCUCACUGAGCUGCGAGAGCAAGCCUCGCCCCAGCAGGUUAACCAGUGACUCCACGUGAUGAGAUGAUGGGGCCGCUUCUUCACAGCCACAAGUCUGUAGAAUGUGUUCCCUCUUCGCGUUGUAAGAAUGAGCCAUAAACAUCUUGGCAAGAUCUGGUAGUACUUGUUCUGCAAAAAAUGUCAGGUACUUCAGCCUAGAUUCAGUGAGGUUUACUCACUAAUGACAAGACUGUGGCUUCAGCAGCCCCUGUGUCUGCUCAGCCUGAACGUCGAUUAGAGAACCCCUAAAAGAAAGCCUGGAUGGGAGAAGAGAUUUCUGUUUCCUUUCCUCCCCUUAUCAAACCAAGGCACAUGACUAUUAUUUGGAUGUUUCAAACACUUUGGAACAAGAAGUUGGCCAUGCACCAUUGAUCAUUUUAGAAAACACCUUAGCCUUCUUCCACUUUUUUAAGAAGUCCGGUAAUUGUUACCAGUAUCUCAUCUUAUCCACCAGGAAGCUCUCUUGCUUUCCUAAGACGUUCUUCAUCCAGGAUAGUGUGGACCCCUCGAGUUUCCCUCCCAUGGCCCCUAAGCAGAUCCCACCAAGCCCAGGGGUGGUAGUGGUGACCGGGGAACAGCAUGUCUUAGCAAUGAAAUGAAGCCUGCUCUGGGCCUUUGCUUUACAUUUGCUAAGCACUGGCUGUUACUGCAAGCGCUCACAUUACCUCAAAGGUGGCUGAUAGGGUAGGGUUCAGGAUGAGUGCUGGAAACAUGGGAAGAGAUUAUAUGUCAGCUGUCUUGUUAACUAAAAUGGGAGUUGGAAACUUCUAAUAAAGAAUUGGCACCUCAACAGUAUUUAUUUCACUUCAAUUAAAGACAUUUUUCCCUUUUAGGUUUAUGCUUUUGCUUUUUUGUGUAUUAUCUGUUUGCUGAGUGAGUCAAGACUUUGUGUCCACUUGAAUUUAUGUAUUAGUCAUCUCUGAAUCUGCCUUAUUCUUGGCUUCUGUUUGAGGAUGAGUAAAGUUUUGCUGUAUUAGACAUUAAGCUUUUAGAGUUAUUACCUGUUUUGAUAUAUGGAUCUUGGAAAAUUCCAAGACCUUUUGACCUGAGCCUUCCAUUUGAGAAAUGCUACAGUAUGAAAGGUAUGCUGUUAAAGUACUUUUAUCACAAGUGCCAUCAUCAUGUGCUUCCCUUAGAGUUGAGGAUGCCUCUCCUAUGUUGAUUCUUGCCAGGGAAGCUGUGACCGACUUCAGUGGACAUGAAAAAAAAGGCUCAGUUCAGUGGUAGCCAGUCCCCCCUAAACUGAGUGGCCCCUGGGAUCCAGACCUCCUUGGGGGGGUAUGCUUCCACAUGGACACCCAUUCACACUGUAUUUCACAGCAAAUAAUAAAAACAGGACAGUUAUCUA